UAUGGAUCGCCAAACCAAAUUAUUCUCUGCAGUCUAUUUGUACGGAACCUUUGUUAUAGAACCGGCUCUCUGUUAGAGCAGGGUUAUUUUUAGCAAUGAAAAUGGUUAGAGGGUAAAGCGUAACCUUGACAAAACAACAUCUUAAUUCACCAUUCCCUAUAAAAAAUAUAAGAUAAAUGAACUCUAUACAGAUGAAGAAAAACAUUAAUGAUUAGCGUUAGGGUUAAGCGACAGAUAAACAUACAUUUACAUUUAAAAUUCAUUCUGUCAUUGGCCGAAACUGCACGUUAAAAAAAAAACAUCUGUUCUUGAAAUUACCUCAGGCGGUUACAAAUAAUUACCCUUGGUAUAAAGUGUACGUAUUCAGAAUUUGAAGUCAGUUUCAGCUUGUGUAUUGCAAUGUUUCCAUUGUUGGUGAUUCUAGUUUUUGUGUUGGUAUGGAUGUCUUGUCGGGCUAGCUCUGUCACAGGGCUGCCAACAUUCCAAGGCUGGUUACCAGUCAUUGGGCAUCUGCAUAAAAUAGUGGUGUGCGACCAGAAAAGUGAGUGUUGUACAAAGUCUGGUUAAUCAUUGAGUUUCAUUGUUUAUUAGAACUUUUGCUUUUAUUUGGAUUUGUAAUAGUUUUCAUCUUAUCUCACAGAAGGACAGAAUUCCUUAAGUAGCCAUUAUUAUUUCUAUAAGGUCUGUAUGUAGGUUGUAAUUUAAAAAAAAUGAUUUUACGAGAGUCACAAAUUAAGUACCGUUUUUAAAAAAAAUUACUUCCAUUACAGGAAUUUGGGACCUUUAUAAAAAAAUAUCUGAAGAGACCACAAAAAAUAGCGGUGUUAUGGCAAUUUACUUAGGACCAAGAGCAUAUACGAUUAUAUCAGACCCGGAUGCCGCUCAAAUCGUUUCUCGUCACUGUCUGGAGAAGCAUUAUAUUUAUGAAAUUGCCAAGCCUUGGCUUGGUAACGGUCUACUCACUGCCGACAUUCCAACAUGGAAGAGGAAUCGAAAAAUUAUGAAUCUAGCUUUCACACAGCAAGUGCUAAACGGAUUUAUCUCUGUGUUCAACACCCAAUCACGAAGACUCGCAAAACAGUUUGAGGAUAACCCUGAACGAACCUUUGAGCCACAUACGAUGCUCUUGACAAACAACCUGGAGACCAUUUGCAGUGAGUCGUGUUUUGUACAUUUCCUGACACGUUUACCUCUCUACAUAUGAGAAAAACGAAGAAAAUUUGUGUGUGCAAAGUUUCAACCUUCAAAUUUAUUCGUUACCAAAAAGAUUUGCUUUUCUUGAGCUUAUUUCUAAGAAACCAGUGUCGUCAGUCCAACUAGCACUCGACCAG